AUGGGCCAGUGCUACUACAACGAGACCAUCGGCUUCUUCUACAACAACAGCGGCAAGGAGCUGAGCUCCCACUGGCGGCCCAAGGAUGUGGUGGUGGUGGCCCUGGGCCUGACGGUCAGCGUGCUGGUGCUGCUGACCAACCUGCUGAUCAUCGCGGCCAUCGCCUCCAACCGGCGCUUCCACCAGCCCAUCUACUACCUGCUCGGCAACCUGGCCGCGGCCGACCUCUUCGCCGGCGUGGCCUACCUCUUCCUCAUGUUCCACACGGGCCCGCGCACGGCCCGGCUCUCGCUCCGGGGCUGGUUCGUGCGGCAGGGCCUGCUGGACACGAGCCUCACGGCGUCGGUGGCCACGCUGCUGGCCAUCGCCGUGGAGCGGCACCGCAGCGUGAUGGCCGUGCAGCUGCACAGCCGCCUGCCGCGCGGCCGCGUGGUCCUGCUCAUUGUGGGCGUGUGGGCGGCCGCGCUGGGCCUGGGGCUGCUGCCCGCCCACUCCUGGCACUGCCUCUGCGCCCUGGACAGCUGCUCGCGCAUGGCCCCGCUGCUCAGCCGCUCCUACCUGGCCGUCUGGGCCCUGUCCAGCCUGCUCGUCUUCCUGCUCAUGGUGGCCGUCUACACCCGCAUCUUCUUCUACGUGCGCCGGCGGGUGCAGCGCAUGGCCGAGCACGUCAGCUGCCACCCCCGGUACCGGGAGACCACGCUCAGCCUGGUCAAGACUGUGGUCAUCAUCCUGGGGGCCUUCGUGGUCUGCUGGACGCCGGGCCAGGUGGUGCUGCUCCUCGACGGUCUGGACUGCAAGUCCUGCAACGUCCUCGCGGUGGAGAAGUACUUCCUCCUGCUGGCCGAGGCCAACUCCCUGGUCAACGCCGUGGUGUACUCCUGCCGCGACGCCGAGAUGCGCCGCACCUUCCGCCGCCUCCUCUGCUGCCUGUGCCUCCGCCGGGCCGCCCGGGAGUCCGCCCACUACACGUCCUCCACCCGGGCGGGCGCCAGCACGCGCAUCAUGCUCCCCGAGAACGGCCACCCCCUGAUGGACUCCACCCUGUAG